AUGUAUGCUAUGAUCCUCUUGUGUUAUGCUAUCUUCGGAGUACCUCAGUUACCGAUGGAUAUAAACCGAGCAGAAUGGCUCUGCAAUCUCCUGUAUCAAAUUUGUCCCGGCUUUGCAGUCAAAUCAUGCACUAUGUCUUCGGGAGUGCUGUUCAUCAAAGAUUCGCGUACCAAUAUCCAGUACGAGAUUCCCAUCCGACGAAAUGCAAUCGCGGCGGUCGACUUCAAAAGAAUCAAAGCUCCAUCUGCUGGUACAGACAGGGCCGACCAAGUUGCCAGUGGGCUGCGCGUGCAUGAUCCCGGUUUGCUCAACACUACGGUGGUGGAAACAGAGAUAAGUUUCUCUGACCAUGAAAGGGGACUGCUUCUCUUUCGUGGAUAUACCUUGCAGCAGCUCUGGGACAGCGAGUUUGAGGAUAUGCUACAUCUUCUGGUUUGGGGAACAUAUCCGACGUUACGGCAAAGGAAAGAGCUGAGCCGAAAGCUAGUCGAUUGCAUGCUUGCCGUCCCUAAGACGGUGCACGAGGUUAUUCGUACACUGCCGAGCACUACCUCACCACUACCACUCAUUAUGGCCGGACUCUCUGCAUAUCUUGCCUGCAUCCCAGGAACCAUUCCUGCAUCGACUAAUCCAGACCUAUAUCAAGGCAAUAUGGAGGAGGUCGAUCGUGCAAUAGUCCGAACUGUUGCAGCCUAUGCCGUUGUAUUCGGCUUGGUGAACUGUCACCGCAAGGGGAUCCCAUUCACGCCACCGUCUCACGAGCAAUUAUAUUUUGAAAACCUGUUCAGUAUGGCAGGUCUGGUGGAUCCGGCGACCAACAGCGCAGAUGCCACGAAACUCUCGUGCUUCAGGCGGUUUGCCAUGCUCAACGCAGACCAUGGCAUGGCGCUAUCUGUGUUCUCGGCACUGGUCACCGCGUCCUCCCUUCCAGACCCGAUAUCAUGCUUGAUCACCUCAAUAGGGGCAGCUUUUGGGCCCCUUCAUUUCGCUGCUACCGAGUCAGCACAGCUUGCGCUACGGGAGAUUGGAACCCCAGACAAGGUUCCCGAAUUCAUCGAAGAAGUGAAGAGGGGGCAACGAAGACUCUUCGGCUACGGUCAUCGCUCGUACAAGGGGACUGAUCCCCGGGUUGCGCCUAUCAAAUCCAUUCUCAAGGACUUGGACACGUCUGACAAUCCUUUCCUAAAAAUCGCCGAGCAGAUUGAGCGAGUGGCCUCGGCCGAUGAUUUCUUCUCAAAGAGGGGUCUACACCCCAAUGCUGACUUUUACGGGAACUUUGUCUUCACGGCGAUAGAUGAUUCCCGCCGCGAUGAUGGCGCAGCGGAUUAUCGGGGUCAUGGCACAUUGGAGGGAGUAUAUGUGUAA